AUGCCCCGCUCUUUACCUCCCUUCACUUCCCCCUCCCGUUGCUCUUCACUACCCCCUCCCAUUGCCUUCACCCUCCCUUCCCGUCGCCUACAUUUCCCCCUCCUGUCGCCCUCACUUUCCCCUCCCGUCGCUCUUCCCUUUUCCCUCCCGUCGCUCUACUCUACCCCCUCCCGUCUCCUUCACUCCCCCCUCCCAUCACCCUGCUCAUUCUUCCGUCGCCCUCUCUUCCCUGUCUCACCCUGUUUCCCCAGCUCCUUCUCUUCCCCCUGUCUCACUUUGUCUGUCUCCCCUGCUCAUUCUCUUCCCCCUCCCCCCCCCAAUCCCCCACCCACUCUUCCUCAAAUUGUUGGUGUACUUGCGCCAACGCGUCCUCCACCAAUGCUCCCCUUUUCCCCACUCCCACCAUCCCCUUUCCACCCCCGCCUCCCCCCCUUCUCCUGCAGUCGCUGGUGCACUUGCGCCAUCGGUGAGUGUGGGGCAGCAGCAUCACCGGCGCCUCUGCCUCGCUGCCCUCGCCUUUCCCUGCCUGCUCUCCGCCAACCUCGCCUGGACUGCCCUCUCCCACCACCCGUCCACCCCUCCCCCACCUCCCUGCACCUCUCCCACUGCCCUCCUUACCAUUGGCUUCCCUCUCCCCUCCUCCUCAUCGUCUCCCUCCGCCUCAUCUCCUUCCUCCUCCCACUCCUCCUCUUCCUCCCCCCUCGCUCAUAUCGUUCUCUCUGGGGCUUCAAUCGCUCCUCCCUCCUCCCUCUUCCCUCCUCACAUCUUCGCGUCCCUCACUCACCACGACCUCUCCCACUCGCGCUGCGCCACACUACCUCCUCCUCCGCACCGCACCAGCCUCCACCGCACUCCACUCCUCCUCCACGCCCUCACACCCCACCCUGCGGCUAG